GUUCUUCUUCUGACCGACGACGUCCACCCAAUCGAAGGCGAGCCGUUUGUUUUCGGGGUCGAUGGGCAUCACGUGGUCGGCAGCGUUUAACGGGACGUUCCGAUCAAUUGUUCAUCAUUCCUCUCCUACCUCCGGAUAGACAUCUCUCUGCGUGAGAGACCCGUGGCGAGCACCUGACGUUGCCAUAAAUCGUCUCUUCGCAGAUGUCUUCCCGCGCUUCUCUGUCUCUCUCUCUCUCUGUGCCUCUCUUCUAAUGUCCCCCACCAGUUCAUUCUCCCCGCCAGUGCCAGCACCACCCCCACCCACAAGCACGGUGGCAGCGACAACCGAUCCCAGCCGCCCGCGGACACUCGUGCUGUGCUUCGACGGGACGGCGGGCCAGUACGACGGAUACGUGCGCGGUGCCUCGUGAUCGACGGGUGCGAGAUCUCUGACCGCGGGGCAGAACACGAACGCGGUCAAGUUCUUCGCGCUGCUGGAGAAGGACGACUGGCGGCAGCAGCUGUGCUACUACCAGUCGGGCAUCGGGACGUACUUCAAUCCCGGCGUCGUCGCCCCCGUGUUCCAGUGGUGUGCCAAGAUUCUCGACGAGGCGUUCGCGAUAUAUAUCAACACGCAUGUGAUGGACGGGUACCGAUUCCUCAUGGCGAACUACCACCAAGGCGACAAAAUCUGUCUCUUCGGUUUUUCGCGGGGCGCCUACACGGCCCGCGCGCUGGCUGGGAUGCUGCAUCAGGUCGGCCUGCUGCCCAAGGACAACGAGGAGCAGAUCCCGUUCGCGUACAAGCUGUACAAGGACACGAGCGCCGCGGGCGUGCAGCUCGCCGCGGGAUACAAGCAGACGUUCUGCCAGGAUGUCGCGAUCGACUUUAUGGGCGUGUGGGACACGGUGGACAGCGUGGGCAUCAUCACCAGCCGCACGCUGCCGUUCACCGCCGUGAAUUCCUCCAUCAGGACGUUCCGGCACGCCGUUGCGCUCGACGAGCGCCGGCUGCGGUUCAUUCCGUACUUGUACGAGCCGAAGCCCGGCCAGCCGGCCAACGGCAAGCCGGCGCACUACCGGACGGACGUGGCGGAGGUGUGGUUCGCGGGAUGUCACGGGGAUAUCGGCGGGGGCUCCGUCGAGAACGCCGUGGCGCGCAGUCUGUCGGACAUCACGCUGCGCUGGAUGGUGCGCGAAGUGAUGCGCAGCGACUGCGACGUCCUGUGGGACAGCGUGGCGCUCGAGCGCGCGGGGAUCCCGCCCGCACUCGACUCGUCGGCAGACGGUGUGGAUGCGGCGGACGCGGCGGCGCCCAUGUUCGACGGCCUGGCCCCGCUUUCGCCGUGGUGGGUUUUCGAGGUCGUCCCGCUGUUCUGGCCCAUCCAGACCGCAGCCGGGAAUUGGAAGAGCAAGUUUGGAUUCCACUUUGGGAAGGGCCGUGCGAUCGCAGACCCAAAUCCAAACUUUCAUGUGACUGUGAAGGAGCGCAUGGCGAAUGUACAACUGAAGUACAAGCCCAAGGCGAAGUGGACUGCGGGAUCGGAAGUCUACGUGCAGUGAUGAUCUAACGAUGAUAUUUUUAUUCCACUUAAAUCGUUUUCCCUUCGGUACUCAGUAUGACCGGCCACGAUGUAAUCUUUGUGCGAAAUACCAUGACCCAUUUGAACACCUGAUCCGGAUCUCGGUGCUUAUACACGAGUCCAGCUCAGGAGCUCCAACGCUCAGAUCGAUCCCAGAGAUACAGAAGCCAUUUCCAAGCCAACCCCCAGCGGGGUUUCCAACCCGGGACAACCGAUCAUGAUCAUGAUGCGGGCGGUGCCGAAGCACGUGACGCAGCGCGUACCUGUUGCCUGGCCCUCUCUCGCUCCGUCCCAACACCCACAACAACCGCUCCGCCCGUCCGUCCGUCGCCGCCGCGCCCGAGCAUGUCGACCCCGAUCCGCAAAAAGCGCAACUUCAACGUCAAGGCGCUCCAGCUGACGACGCCGACGUCACCCGUCCCGUCAUCGCCCGCACCCGAGUCUGCACCCGCACCCGCACCUGCACCAGCACCAGCACCGGCACCCGCGGCAGAGCCUGUCGCGAUCCGCCAGGCGCCCGUCGCCACGGGCAAGCGACGGCCGCCCCCGAUGACGCUCAAGGCGCCGAAGAUCCCGGCGUCCUCGGGGCCCGCGCUCGCCGCCGCGCCCGGGGACGACGGCAAUCUACUCUCCGUGUCGUCGUCGUCGUCGAACGGGCUGGGGUCGGCGCCGCUGACGGCGUCGCCGGGCGGCGCGAACCGGCGGAACACGUACCACACGGCGCUGUCGAACACGCUGGCGAACCUGGACAUGAACGCGGAGAUCAAGCUGGAUCUGCGGAACGAGGACCUGAAGGAUCUGCGGGAGCUGGGGCAGGGGAACGGCGGGAGCGUGAAGCAGGUGGAGCACAUUCCGACGGGGAAGAUCAUGGCGAAGAAGAUCGUGCUUAUCGACGCGAAGCCGUCCGUGCGGAAGCAGAUUCUGCGCGAGCUCCAGAUCAUACACGACUGUCAUUCGCAGUACAUUAUCUCUUUCUGGGGUGCUUUCAUUGCCGAUCCGAAUAUCUGCAUAUGCAUGGAGUUCAUGGACAAGGGCUCGUUGGAUUCCGUGUACAAGAAGAUCGGGCCCAUUGACAUCGAGGUCGUCGGCAAGGUCGCGUUAGCGGUGCUGGAGGGGCUCACAUAUCUCUACGACGUGCAUCGCAUCAUCCACCGAGACAUCAAACCAUCGAAUAUCCUGCUCAACUCAAAAGGCCAGAUCAAAAUCUGCGACUUUGGUGUGUCUGGGGAGCUGAUCAACUCGAUCGCGGACACAUUCGUGGGGACCUCGACGUACAUGAGCCCGGAACGGAUCCAGGGCGCGCACUACACCGUCAAGUCCGACGUGUGGUCGUUGGGGAUCUCGCUGAUAGAGCUCGCGCUGGGGCGGUUCCCCUUCUCCGAGAGCGUGUCGGACGACUCGGACCUCGAGGAUCUGGAGGGGACGCUGUCGCCCGCGCGGCCCGGGUCGUACCACUCGCUCGCGCUCGGGCUGCCCCCGGCGAAAUCGAAGGCGGACAAGGCGAAGAAGGACAAGCGGAAGAGCAAGGGCGUGAGCCUCCAGGGCGGGGCGAUGACGAUGAGCAUCCUGGAGCUGCUCCAGCAUAUCGUGAACGAGCCGGCGCCCCGGCUGACGCCGGAGGGCCGGUUCCCCGUGAUGGCCGAGCGGUUCGUUGACGCGUGUCUGCUCAAGGAUCCGGUCGCGCGGCUGUCGCCGAAGGACCUGCUGAUGGACGAAUGGAUCAUCCACUCGAGGCUAACGCACGUCGAUGUCGAGACGUGGGCUAAUACGUUUUGAGCCGCUUGUUGAGAUGGAUGGAUGUGUGCUGCUGCUGUCCCCUCCCCCAUAUAUAUUGUGUUGUGCUACCCUGAUUUGGUUGCGCGCUAGCACGCGUGAUGUGUAUUGCCCCAGUAUCUACCGAAUGCUCCCCCAAAAAAAUCUUCUUGCCUUGACGAUCUGUGGGCACUGGCAGGGUAUCUGGAAUUUGCGGAUAUCCACUGGUGUUCGCGAGAUGAAGCUCGGCUGUCCCCGGAACCUUCCAGGGCGAUAAAUUACCAUAUCG